AUGGGCAAGAGGCGUCCGAACCAACCAUUUCGACGACCAACAGGACAAGAAGAGAUGUCUGCUGCGUCAAAACAACAAACUAUUGAACUGGGUGAUUUAGAAUUACCGCAGUUAGCAGAGGUUAAAAAGCAAUUGGAAGAAGAAUUGACCCACUUGACAGAUUCCUUUGGAAAAUUGAAGCAAGUUCAGACACGUUUCCAGGAUUGUAUAAAUAGUUUACAAAACAUCAAAACAAAAAGAUCAGGUGAAUUGUCUGAGACGGAUAAAGUAAUAGUAGAUGUCGGAACUGGAUAUUAUGUUGAAAAGGCUUCAGAUGACGCUAUAAAAUUUUAUUCGGAUAAAGUCGACUUUGUCAAAAAGAAUUUAGAUAAAUUACAAGAAACGAUUAACACAAAGCAAAAUAAUUUGAAAU